AUGGAGGUGGCCGCGAAGGCAGCUUGUGUCAAUGGAGUAUGGAGUCCCUCUUGCCGCAAACAAUGUGGACACUGUAGUGAAUCUUCGUGUAAUAACCAGGACGGAAGUUGUCUAUGUCAAACAGGAUGGGCUCAACCGACAUGUACAGAAUGUAUUGUUGGAAAAUAUGGAGACAACUGUAAUCAGACUUGUGGUAACUGCAAAGGCAAACAAUGUGAUCGUCUGACUGGAUCUUGUCUUGGUGGAUGUGUUGUUGGGUUUACCAAACCGGAGACAGGCUGUGCAGAAAAACUUGCAUCAGAUAUACAAGAUAACAAGGAUAAUGAUGUCACUGUCACUGCCCUGGCUAUUGUAGCAGGAGCGUCCAUAGCUUUAUGUAUUGUGCUCACCGGUGUGCUUGUUUGGUAUAUUACACAUCUUAAAGCGAAACUUAGACAGUGUGAACGAGACAGUUCUAAGUGGAAAGCGAACCAUGUACAUGAUGAAGAUUACGAAAAUUGUGGAGCACAAAAAAUUGAUUUCAGUAAUGAAGCUGGAUCUGUGACUAACACAGGGGAGCCUCCUCGACAGGGUAGCCAGAAUACAACAUCUCAGUCACGUGAUCAGAAUUCACAAGAUGGAGAGAACGAGAGUGGUUACGUUAAUGCAGAGCAAGAUAUUCAAAUGAAUGAAUAUGAAAAACUUGAUACUUCGACAGAUACCACUUCACAGAAUGUCUAUGAAAAAAUAACUGGUAUAUAAUGCCAGUAUUUUCUCGUUUAGCAAAUCUGUUCGCAACAUUUAUCUGUACAUUUCCACCUAAUGCUGUCCUGACUACAAGCAAUUAUAUACUAUUACACGAGUACUCAUAUACACUAUUGCAUACAUAUGCAUUUUGUUAUGUAAUGUUGAUAAUGUUUAGUUAUUUUGAAGAAAAUAUACACGUGUAAGGGUGACAUAAGGGUUUUACUAUUUCAUGGUAUGGCAUGAGGAAUAUGUUUUCUAACAAUAUUGUCAACAUUGUAAAAUCAAUGCAUCAUUCGGCGAACUUAUGUGAAAUAGCAAACCAAUCAUGUUUCUAUUUGAAUGAUGUUGAUCAAAUCUGGUUUAAUCUGGAAGCUAUAUCGCCAUUUCUAUUAGCUUAAAGUGUUAAUGAUCUACAAAAGCAUUAUGGAAUAUCACAGACAAGCUGUAUCAUUUAAAUAUCAUGUUUAAUUAUGCCACUACUAAUAUCUAAGAGUGCAUGAAUUAUGAGACAUGAUGAAAACACAAAGCAACCGAAAACAUUAAUGUUAACGAAACAAAUGUGUGAAGAAAAAUGGAAAUGUAAAAGUAGUGUUAAUUGGACACAUAACGUGAAGGAUUCGUAUGUAGAUCAAUCAAUAAAGUAUUUACAUGCUCCUAUACCACGAAGGUUUCGAGCAUGUCUAUCCCAGGUUCGGCCACCAGAUGCCAGU